UGCAGCGAGCCGGCGCCCCCUGCCCUUCGCCGCGGCCUUGGGCGGGCACCCCCGCCGCCCUCGCUCCGCUGCUCCCGGCUCUCUUCCCCGCUCUCCUUCCGCAAGUCCCGGAGCUCCGCCACCACCCGGAGCGGGCGCGGCAGGCGCGAUGCGGCAGCUGUGCCGGGGCCGCGUGCUAGGCAUCUCGGUGGCUAUCGCGCAUGGGGUCUUCUCCGGCUCCCUCAACAUCCUGCUCAAGUUCCUCAUCAGCCGCUACCAGUUCUCCUUCCUGACCCUGGUGCAGUGCCUGACCAGCUCCACGGCGGCGCUGAGCCUCGAGCUGCUGCGGCGCCUGGGGCUCAUCGCCGUGCCCCCCUUCGGCCUGAGCCUGGCGCGCUCCUUCGCGGGGGUCGCAGUGCUCUCCACGCUGCAGUCCAGCCUCACGCUCUGGUCCCUGCGCGGCCUCAGCCUGCCCAUGUACGUGGUCUUCAAGCGCUGCCUGCCCCUGGUCACCAUGCUCAUCGGUGUUCUGGUGCUCAAGAACGGCGCGCCCUCGCCCGGGGUGCUCGCGGCCGUGCUCAUCACCACCUGCGGCGCCGCCCUGGCAGGAGCCGGCGACCUGACCGGCGACCCCAUCGGGUACGUAACGGGCGUGCUGGCAGUGCUGGUGCACGCCGCCUACCUGGUGCUCAUCCAGAAGGCCAGCGCCGACACGGAGCACGGGCCGCUUACCGCGCAGUACGUCAUCGCCGUAUCUGCCACCCCGCUGCUGGUCGUCUGCUCCUUCGCCAGCACCGACUCUAUCCACGCCUGGACCUUCCCUGGCUGGAAGGACCCGGCCAUGGUCUGCAUCUUCGUGGCCUGCAUCUUGAUCGGCUGCGCCAUGAACUUCACCACGCUGCACUGCACCUACAUCAACUCGGCGGUGACCACCAGCUUCGUGGGCGUGGUGAAGAGCAUCGCCACCAUCACGGUGGGCAUGGUGGCCUUCAGCGACGUGGAGCCCACCUCUCUGUUCAUUGCCGGUGUGGUGGUGAACACCCUGGGCUCCGUCAUUUACUGUGUGGCCAAAUUCUUGGAGACCAGAAAGCAAAGCAACUACGAGGACCUGGAGACCCAGGCCCGGGAAGAGGAGGCACAGCAGAGUGGAGGUCCGCUGCCAUUCGUCAUGGAGGAGCUGCCCGCGGAGGAUGGAGAUGGCGGGUCAGAAGGUGGCAAGGCAGCAGGUGGCUCCACGCGGAAGAGUGGGCCGGAGGCAAGGGGCAGCCCCAGAGGAGGCCGGCUGGGGGCUAGGAGUUCACAGAACACAGACGCCCCCGAGGAAGUGAGCAAGAGGUCUUUGAAGGAUGCUUACCUCGAAGUGUGGAGGUUAGUUAGGGGAACCAAGUAUAUGAAGAAAGAUUAUUUGAUAGAAAAUGAGGAGUUACCCAGUCCUUGAAAAGGAAAUGCAUGUAUGUAUAUGUGUACAUACACUUAUUUUGUAUGUUAGAGAUACCAUAUUUUAAUGAGGGGCCGCACAAUUUUAUUCUUUGAGGAGCGGGGAAGGGAAGCAGAGCAGGAAGCUGAAACGGACUGACAGCAACAGCAUGAGCACCCGUGUGAAUUAUUUAGCGUGAGUUUACCUGAGGUAUCACAGGGACAACGAUCGUGAAGGUGCUUAAGGAAGGAAAGCAGCAGUUUUGGCUGCAGACUCCUGGCACAUGAAUUUUUAUGUCUUUAUAACCAUAACCAAACAUCUGCAUGUCCUUAGAAUUCCUCAGCCCACCCCCUCCAAAGACAGAGCAUAGACAGGAUGACCGCACUAUUAAUAAGCUCAAAGGGGACAUACCCAGAUCCAUCAGUGAUAGCUAGGGCUACAGUUUUUAUGGCUGUGCAAGAGUAUAUUACUGAAAUAAUAUAUAUACAUAUAUAUGUAUAUAUAGCCGUAUUUAUACAUAUAUAUACACACAUAUACAUAUACAUAUAUAUAUAUAUAUAUACUGGAUUGAUGUUUACCGUUUAUAGUCAUCUGAAAUAUGUUUACUCUCAUUUUUCUUCACUUUUAAAAGAAUAAGUACUCUAUUAUUCUAUUCUAUAUUGGUAGAAAAUGUUAAAGCUAUUUUGAAUAUAUGAGUUCUUAGCUUUAAGCCUGAAGUUUAAGUUGGCUUUUAAUAAUUAUAAAACUAUUUGAAAGGUUGUUUGGGUUCAUUGCUUCCUAAUAUUUAUUAUUGAAUGCCAUAACCUUUUGAAAAGCCAGUUUUACUGUGUCCAAUAUUCUUUUAAGCAAAUGCAAAGGCUGAACAAUAAUUCGGUAUUAACUGAAGCCCAGACAGAAGUGAGACCAUCCUGUUAAGCGAGCUCUUUCAAGUCACACUGCACAUCCAAACCCUGUUACAAAAACAGCAACUGCUAUAUUCACUUUAUGAUAUUUUUCUAUCUUUCACUUGUCAAAAUAAAGUAUGAGUCUAUCAGCUAAAAGAUAAAGUGUUAAAAUUUGUUGUAGACACAUUUAUGUUCUAUUGUUGCUGGGUAGGUUGCGUUAGUCUUCAAUGUGUGAUGUCCC